AUGGCAGCUACCGACAACUAUAUGCCCUCCGGGCGCCGGGUGCGCCGCAUCUCCAGUAUUGAGGCCACUCGAGCAGACCUCUUUGGCGGCCCCAGUGUCGUUAUCCCUCCUCAACACCUCAUGGCUCCGAGCGGUGCCUACGAAUCCGCACGGUCCAUGUCCGUGGCGAAGUCGCAUCUCGAUGAUGACAUUUCCUCUCCUGAAACCACUCCUCGUGGGUCCACGCCGUCCUCGGAUGAUGGCCAUGUUACUGCCAGUAAAUAUGCCUUUGCUUUCGACAUCGACGGGGUUCUUAUUCGUGGUGGCAAGGCCAUUCCUGCUGCCGUUGAGGCAAUGAAGGUGCUGAAUGGGGAGAAUGAAUUUAAGGAGAAAGUGCCGUACAUUUUCGUCACAAAUGGUGGCGGAAAGACGGAAGAAGAGAGAUGUAUCGAUCUAAGCAAACAGCUGGAACUAGAAGUUUCUCCUGGCCAAUUCAUCUGCGGACACACGCCCAUGCGAGAAAUGGCCGAAAAAUACAAUACAGUGCUCGUGGUGGGCGGCGAGGGCGAGAAAUGUCGAAUCGUGGCUGAAGGGUACGGUUUCAAAGAUGUCGUGACACCCGGCGACAUAAUAAAAUACAACCAACACACCACCCCAUUCAGAGAACUAACCGAAGAGGAAUUCAAAAACUCACGCACGCGCGACUUCGAAAACGUCGUUAUCGAGGCUAUCUUCGUCUUUGCCGACAGCAGAGACUGGGCUGGUGAUCAACAGAUCAUUCUUGACCUGUGCAUGUCUAAGGGUGGCCGAAUCGGCACACGCUCCGAAACCUUCGACGAAGGACCCCCGGUCUACUUCUCCCACAAUGAUAUCGUCUGGUCUACGUCACACGAACACACCAGAAUUGGCAUGGGAGCCCUUCGGGCAUCCGUCGAAGCCCUCUUCAGAGCCGUCACCGGCAAGGAACUCAAGACCAUCGCCUUCGGCAAGCCACAGCUAGGAACCUUCCAGUUUGCCACGCGUCUGCUCCGACAAUGGCGCAAGGAAACGCACGGCAUCGACUCCGCGCCGGACACCGUGUAUUUCGUUGGCGAUACGCCAGAAUCAGACAUCCGCGGUACCAACGAGUACAACGCCUCGGAUAAAUGUGAGAAUGAUUGGUAUUCCAUCCUGGUAAAGACGGGCGUGUAUGAGGAUGGAACCACGCCACGAUUUCCGCCCAACAAGACCGUCAAUGACGUACUUGAUGCCGUCAAGUUCGGCAUGAAUAGAGAGCAUCUGCGAGAGAUGAAGGAGGCGUCCAUGAGGAAUGCCAGCGUCGCUGUCGUCGAUAAAUGAAUAAGACCGGGGACGUC